ACCUGUACGUAAAUCUUAUCUGUUAGCUAGUAGUUUUAAUGUACGGGAAAGGAGAAAUGUACAAAAACUGAUAUACUGAGCGGUAUAUAUAUAUUUUUCAAAUUUCAUUCGCACUGGCAAGCAAAAUGAUACUUUUUUUUUCCUUUACUUGAACAUACGGUAUUCAUCCUACAAAAUUAAUAUCAUUUCAGUCAAAUGCUCAGUUUAUUUUACUGACUGUAGUAUACUCUGUCGUGUCAAAUUGCCGGAGGCGAGGGACAAUACAGGAAAAAAUGCCAUAAUUUUCACUUCGUUUUACCUUUAACCACAGCGUUGCGUUAGUGCAGUCAAUUUCACACUUAUAGAACUGUGUGUUUAGUAAGGAAAUAAAAGCUUUGACUACUCUAUUGCAAUACCAUAUUCUCCGUCAGUAAAAAGUUACAAGUGAGUGAACAAAUCAUAUAGAACGACAGAGGGUCCAAAGGAAAAUCAGCAUAUCGCAGAUGUACAUAUUCCGUACUUUAAGAAUCAUUUGCAUUGCGUGAAAGAAAUUAUUCAAAAUACCAUCGAAGACAGCAUCAAGAGAAGGCAGGUGUUUGAAAUGGCGUGGAUUCUUUUAGCGACUUUGCUCCACUUGGCAACGGAAGCGAGCGGGUUCGCGAGAUCCUGGGAGAAGGCAGAGAUUUCGCUCAAGAAAUGGAAGAGAAUAAAAGCUCUGGAAGAAAACAAUUUAUAUCUAUCGGUUCACAUCAACACUACCCGCUUAAGAAUCCUGCAAGAACGAACAAUUCUCUACGAAUUCACAAGCCAACGCGAAGAGGGAGGAAUACACGUGCUUGCCCUGAACGAACGCACGGGCUCUGUCAUGGCGAGCCGGCGGUUUCGCACGUUCCAGCCAUCGGAAGGGAAGAAUCUGCAACACUUUCUGGAAGCUCUGCAACCUGGACGUGUUGUUAUUAUUGUAGGCCUGCCGUACUUCCUGUCCUUCCUGGCACCGGAGGGAGAAGCUGCCCUUUUAAGACUGGGUGCCCGAAUGCUGCCCCGAGUCUGCACGGGCGAGCCCUGGGCCAUGGCGGCAGUCACGGGGUCACUCUUCCCUGGCGCGGCCCUUGACCUAGCGCGGGGAAAGGUCAUCGCGGAAGCCGUAGCGACGCGGGAGCACAGCAGACCCGCGAGGAGCCUCUUUCUGGAGGUGACGCUGGAAAGGGCGCCGCGAGACCGAGGCUGCAGAUGGCACGAGGAGGCGGAGCUGAAAGACCAGGCGGAGUUCUGCGGCUCGUACGAGGGCUACCGAGACCUGUGCAGCUGCGAGCGGCCUCUGGUGCCAGCCCGCCGCCCGCGCCCGCCGUCGAUACCGAUGGCGGAGGAAAUCCCGGUGGCCAUCGUGACGGCGAACAAGCCAUUCCACCUCUACAGGCUUCUGAAGAACCUGGGCGAAGUGGCGGGAGCCGGGGAGACGCGGGUGCUCGUGGUGGUGGACGGGGCGCACCUGGAGACCCUGCGCCUGGCGAGGCUCUUCGGGGUCGAGGUGGCGGUUCACGUGCCCCAGGGCUUGCCGGGCGAGAAUACCAGAACAAACAUGAACAUUGCCUUUGCGCUGUAUAGCGUGUUCAACCGAUGGCCGCAUGUCGACAAGGCCAUCCUGCUGGAGGACGACCUUAUUCUCGCUCCAGACAUUUUGAGCUACUUCCACCAGACCGCGUGGCUGCUGACCCGCGACCCGACGCUCUACCUGGUCAGCGCCUUCGGUCAGAACUCCUACCCGGGGACAGCCUGUGACCCGACGACCCUCCUCCGCGCCGACAUGUACCCGCAGUAUGGCUGGAUGACCUGCCGGAGGUGGGCGACGCAGGUGCUGCCGGACUGGGUGCCCGCCGGUGCCGGGGUGGACUGGGACUGGUGGCUGUACAACGAAGGCGUACGUCGGGGCCUGCAGGCGGUAGUGCCCGAGGUGUCUCGAACCGCCCACGCCGGUGCUGCGGGCGCCCACGUAACGGGUUGGGAGCAACGCCAUUACUUCGAUCUGAGGCUCAUCAACUACCGCCCACACGUGCAGCUCAGGAAUGUGCAUAGCUUAUUGGCGGACAACUAUUCCGAAUGGUUCGAAGAUGAAAUCCGACGAGCCACGAAGAUUCACCUGGAAAGUCAUCCUUGCCACUCCAAUAUCAUCCCUAAGAACAAACCAGGUCCUUUUGUCUUGUUCUUGGGUGUUGCAAGCAGGGCAGAUAAUGACAAUAGCUUCUUUCUCAUGCAAGCUUGCCUAGGAACAGACGAACAGGAAGUGAAGGAAAUUUACGAAGGCGUGUUAAAGUUUCGAGUGCGCCCAUUCUCCCCCGCCUACGCCCAUGAUCAGGCCCCGUCGCAGGGUCCGGCAGCCCAGGACCCCGUCAACGCCACCCUCGAAACCGCAAAGGCUCGCAGUCUCGGUUGUGAAAAGGAGUCCCACGUUCUGUACAUCGUCGGCUGUCCUUUGUCCAAGUACUGCAAAUAUUCCUCUGGGACAAGUGACUGGAUCGCCCCUUCCGAAUCCUUCGUCAGAAAGGCUGACAGGGUCGCAAUGAACAGAAAAGCAUCUGGGGACCUGAGUACCAUGAGGAUAAGACGGACUCCCAAAUCGGCCAGUGAGGAAUUUAAUCUCACCAACUUUAUAGAUAUUUCGAGAAGAGGAACUGAUUGAUACAAUCUAAAAAAAAUAUAUAUAUGUAUAUAAAGAAGCAUAAAUAAUUG